UUUCUACUUGAAGCAAAUCCCGUUCUACCUGAUUCUACCCCGUUACACCCAAAGUGGAUACCUUACGUUGCUUUGGUUCCACUUGUUUUUUAAUUCGGUCAUAUUAGUUUCACCUGUUUGCAUUCUACAGGUUGUACUAUUUACUUCUUAUAUCGUCAUUUAUCUUUUCAUGAUUGAUUUCAGUUCGGCAAGUGCGUAAAUCCGACUAUUUUCAUCAAAAAAAGAUGGCAUUUAGUGAGCUCGAAGAAAGAAUUAGUAAAAUCCGACAACAAAAUGAAGAAAUUAAAAGGAGACAUGAGGAAGUAGAGGAAGAUAAAAAAAAUGCUGCUAAGCUAAAUGCUUUGGUACAAAUGGUACCGUCAACAGAUUGGCCAGAAAGGAAAGAGCCACCGGAAUAUUCAAAUCUCCCCAAAGUAACCCAUAAACAAAAAUCUGCUACAAAGGAACAAUUGGAACAUGGUCAACAGCAUCAUCCUAAUGACAGAAGAAAAGGUGAAGGACCACCACCUGACCCUAAAUAUAAUUUCCUUGCUGAUGCUGAAAGAGAAGAAUAUAGUGUACCAAAUCAGAAAGACAAUACUGGAAAUAAAAAUCAUAAUAGAUCAAUAUGGGGCAAUUUUAAAAAAAGAGGAAUGGGAAGAGAAGGACAACAAAGGGGUAGGACAUAUCAUGGAGCGCAUAGAGACGAGCAUAAGCCGGAGUACGAAGCAUGGCGAAAAGAAAGAAAUCGCAUCGAUGAAGAUCGUAUUAGUAGACAGAAAACUGCUGAGGGUAACUGGCGGAGAGAAUGGGAUAAUGAUAAAGCUCAUUUAGUGAAUGAAAUCUCAAAAGCAGAAGGAAAGAUUACCGUAGGAGAUUUUACAAAAAAAGAUGGGAGAUAUUCGGACGGGAGCGGAUAUGCAGGCCAUAGUCGUGGUGCUUAUCAUAAAUCCUAUCGAGGAUCUCCUAGAAAUUUUCAUAAUAAUCAUGAUUAUCAUCAUAUGAAUUCAUAUGAUCAACAUAAUCAUGACAUGUCUUCCAUGUCUCUUUCUGUAGAUGAACGAACUGUUGUUGCGACAGAUAAAAGCAUUAAGGUAACAUUAAACCAAAGCAAUAUGACAAAGGGUCCUCUUAUGAGCGUUAAAGUCAAUUCACCAAGUAUAGCUGGUACAGGAAGAGUUGGUCUACGGCAAAGAACUCGUGUUACAUACAGCAGUCAUUCUGACAUGGAUACGAAUACGUACGAAAGUGGAUCAUUUUCACGACAAAAAUCAUUCGAAGAUAAAACUAAAGGAAAUCAUUAUAACAACAUGCAAAGGACUCCUAGUUUAAGAAGGCCUCAAUCGCAAAAAAAGAAAGAAAAUGGUGCGAAAUCUCCCUUUUUGCAACGAAAGGAAUUCAGAAAAGAGAUUUCAUCUGCGAAUUCAUCUAAACAUUAUGAAAAUGGAUCACAACAAAAUUUUGUACGAAAAGAAUACAAGGAUUCGCAAAAGUUUCAUUAUCCACCGAAAUCACCAAGGGCAUCGCAUAAAAAUAUGAAAAUAUCGAAAAACGAAUCUGUUAAUGUGACGAACGACAGUUCGAUCAAAGAUGAGAAAAAGGUAAUAGUAAAGAUAGAAAACGAUACCUCGAUUGAAUCGCAAAAAGUAAAUAUAGAAUCUUCGAACGAAAUAAGAGAUGACGCCGGAAGCUCAGCUGUCGUUGAAAAAGAAUCAAAGAGUGACACCGAAGAGUAUAAUGAUGUUAUCUUGAACAAUUCUGAAUGUUCACCUUGUAAAGAAGAAACGACGAAUGAAAAGAACACAGAUUCACAGAUAAAACAAGAAGAUCAAGAUCAUAACGUAAAUGUCAUUUCUCUUACUAACCAAAAUAGCGUUAGUAUUUUCGAAGAUAAACAAUACACAAACGAAGAAACGAACGAAGAUAAUUCAAUCGUUUCGUCGCAAGAUAUUAAUAAAGAUGUUAAUAAAAAUGCAAACGACGAAAAGAAUGAAAUUGAUAACGCGAUUACAAUUAUAGAUAAUGCAAUUACAAAUAGUUGUAAUUCUGACAAUAAUACGAAUACUCUUGAUAUCGGUCCUGAUAUCAAUCGAGUAGAUACGAAAAUUGAUUUGGUGGUUCAAGAUAACGUGUCUAACACGAGUGACGAAAAAACGAAAGAAUCACCCGAGAAUAAUUCGAAUCAAAGUGAUAAACAAAAUGAUAUUGUUGCAAUGUCUUGUGAAAAAGUAUCUGAGAUUAUUGUAGAAACUUGUUCUGAAACAUUGCCUGUUACUGACACAUCUGUGUUGGCUGUUGAAGAGUAUGAUGUUAUCCAUCAUAAUAAUGAAGUUCCAGUUGAAUCUAUAAAUAAUAUAAAUGAUAAAAAUAUUAUUAAAAAUUCUGAAGAUACAUCGCUAAUAUGCAUUGAUAAGACAUCGUCCAAUCCAGCUGGCAUAACAAAAGAUAACAAUGAAACAUCUGAGGAAGUAAUAGAAAAAAAAGAAUUGCAAACUGAAACUGUUGAAUCAGUUGCAGAGGAUAAAGGCAUUGAAAGUGAGGUUACGCAAGAUAAUUCUGAAAAUUAAGAAAACUGAUAUAAAAAGUAAUCUACUAAAUAUCGUCAACAUAAAAUAAAUAAGUAUAUACUAAAGCCGUAAAAAAGAAAAAAACAAAAAAAAAAAAAACAAAAAAAAAAUAAUAAAAUACAGAAAUGCAAUUACAUUCAGAUUAUAAUAUACGAGAAAUUUAGCUGCUGCACAAAUUAUAUUUUUAAAUGUUAUUUCAAUUACUUAUAUAUAAAUAAUAGUUAAAAAUGAAA